UGUGUACUUCCUGUCUUGUUUUUAACACUUGCUCCAAAUCAUUCUGCAACACUGUUUGUUGUUACCACUAAAAUUGAGUACACCCUGCUGAUGCUUGUUGUGCCGAGUGCUUUGCAUUCGAGCAGGAAGCUAGCUCCUAAGCAUUUCAAGUUCUAAUAAAGGGAUCCAUUUUAGCCAUGUCGCUAGUAGCAUAUGGUGCUAGUGACAACAGUGACUCUGAAAAUGAGGAGCAGCAAGAAGAACCUGCGUCUCAGUCUCGGCAGAGUGAAAACAACAAUAGAAACGUACGGUCCUCAGGGGUCAUUAGCGAUGAAGAUGAAUACGAAAGCGUCAGCUCCACAUCUGUGGCAGCUUUUUCUAAUUCAAAGAAAAGUCUUGGUUCAGAUUCAUUGAUGGGUGCAGUCUCAGUAUCUUCGGCUUUUGAAAACCAAGUGAAUUCAACCUCAGUCACGUCUCUUGAUGAUCUUCCUGCUCCACAAGUGAGACCAACACUUAACGCUGAUGCAGACACUGUAGAAGAUGACCUGGAAGAAGAAGUAAAGCCAAAGGCCGCUGAAAUAGCAAGUGCUCCAAAGCCACCGGGAAAAAAGAGGCAACCUGUGAAGAUUACUAUCCCUUCCUUAGAUGAGACACCAGAGGAAGUAAAGUCAGAGUCCAAGAGACCAGUUUCAUCAUCAACUACAAAAAAUGGCCUAUUCUCAUUGUUACCUGCUCCCAUGCAUUCGGCAAAGAAGGAGAUAAAUAGACCCUUGAUACCCCAUUCAUUAACAAAGAAGCCAGCGGCAGCGUCUAAAACCUCUAGCACAACAGCAUCUUCGAAGAAGACCACAACAGGCACCCACACUAAUUCUCGCAGUGAGGUAGCCUCUUCCUCUGAUGGGUCUUCUAAACGUAUGUCCCAAUUUAAUGCCUUGACAGGCUAUGACAGUGACAGCGAUGAAGACAAUGAAGAUGGCAGCUCGUCCUCAAACUUUUUUUCGUUAAACUCAUCUGCACAGAAGAAUUCCAAAGACAGUAUUGCAACCAGUUUGUCUUCUUCGUCUUCAAGACUUCAAAGUGAAGAGGUGUCGAGCUCUAAAUCAGACUCUAAUCUUGGUGCAGGCAACAGCAAGACGUCUGGGCAGACCUUAGUGACUGAUGUGAAAGACAGUGAGGAGAAUGUUCCUGAAGGCAGCAGCAAAGAGGGAGGGGAUGAAGAGGAGGAAGAAGCUGAGCCAGAACCUGAGCCAGGUUCCGUCAAUGAUGCCCCGUUGGACUUUGGAAGUGUGAACAGGUUGAAUGCGUGGUCAGGUUCCUCGUAUGGCUUCCUCAAUCCUGUGGGUCUGUCUGGUCCUGUGGUCCCAUCUUUUCAAACUCAGCAGGCUAUGCCCUCAAAUUCCCUCUACAACUUGGCUAAUGCCGAGAGUGCUCAAAGUGCUAUUGAUGAUGAGUCUGAUGAAGUGCCAGGUGAUGAUCUGAAGCAGUUUAUGAGUGACAAAGAGUUUCAAAGAUUCCAAGGGAAGAGAAAACGUGGCAUGGAAGAGUCCAUCAGCUUUGUUGAUGCUAAAGUUGACGACUAUGUGGAUCCGUCUGAAGUGUCAAAACACCUGACUGAAGAAACAGAGUAUGUCUCAAAUAAAAACAAGGACAACAUGCCCACAUCUCAGCAGAAAAGGAAGAAGCAGAUUACAUAUCUUGCCUAUCAGGCCAAGGAGAAAGAGCUGGAGCUGAAGAACACUUGGGCUCAGAAUAAGAUGACAAAGAAACAAACCCAGUCCAAGUAUGGCUUUUGAUCACCACCUGCACUUUCUCUGCUGCUGCUAGUUGAAUUAAGAAAAGGAAUAAUACUCUCCGAUGAGCUGUGUCUGAUGUUCACAUGCUUUUUUCUUGAGGAGGCAACAGGAUGUUGUGAAGUACGUCUUGUAUGCUAAUUCUUUGGCAUACCGAUACUUGAAAAUGAACUGAUUUGAACUGAAUCCAAUGAAGUACCUAGAGCUUGACCCCCUCCCCCAUUUUCUUUUCAAAAUAGGUAUUGUUUUGUUAGCAGGAUGUGUGCGACAGCAGGAUUAUAUUUAUGAAGUGUGGUCUGGUGUUAAUAAAAUUGUAGACAUUUGUCUAAUGUAGAAAAAGAAGGUAAUGACACUGUUUGUUGGUGAAUAAUGCUGGCUGUGUGAGAGAUAAAUGUAUGGUGAGUAAAGUGGACUGCUUCCUAUUAUUCUUCUGAUGAACACCCACUCCCACUCUUUUAUUUUUAAAGUUAGAAAUUUGUUUUGGACUGAAAUUGAAAUGUUUAUGAAUAUUGGUUUUUUUAAUAUUCUUAUUAUACAGCUGGUUAGUUGCAUGUGUGGUUUGUUACCUAUCUGUUACCUAUCUUGGCAACGUCACAUCAAGAGUAUUGCUCUUUGCUUUACUUUUUGUCCCUGAUAUUUGGUUCUGUUCAGAAAAAGCAGGAGAACAUUUACUGCACUGCUUUGUCAAAUUAAACGACCAUGCUUUAGGAGUAUGAAGCAAAUGAGUUAUCAUAAAUAAUUGUUUGCUCUAAUAAAGUCUAAUUUGUACUUUGUAUAAUUUUGGCUGGGUAGAAAAGAAAUGGAUUUUAUUGAUACUGUGUAAAUCUAUAGUAUUCCUCUUUUGUCGUUUCAGUUUUUCGUGUUUACAUCUACUCCUAGUUUUAUGAUUUGGACACCAAUGAUGAUGUAGAUAUUGGGUGGGUUUUUUUUCAUAUUUAUGACAAUUGCUGGAAGAGAAUUUUCAAAGGUUUGCAGCUGUCCUGUUAAUGAUAGUGUUACCCCUCAAUCAACUGGGCUCCUUUCUUGAUAACAAUUGCAUGGACAAAGUGUAUCGUUUUAUUAGUUUUAUCAACUAUCUGGUUAUUUUCACUCAUGUGUACAUAAAUUCAUCCAGGUUGACUGUAUUUGAUGGUGUGACUUUCUUCAUUUUCUUGUCAAGACUUAAAUAAUCUGGCUGGGUUUUACAAGCCAGUGAAGAGUGAAGAUUCAUGUAUAUAUGCCAUUGCAUGAAAGAGUUGUUGUCAUAUAUUGUUGGUUCAGUUUGAAGAGGAAAAAAAAUAAAAUAAAAACGAAGAGCGUU